AUGAUCGAUACAUUCUUUUAUUGCAAAUGAGAAGAUCGGUGGUUAACAACACUUCUUCUUCAACAAGGUUAUCGUGUUGAAUAUUGUGCAGCAUCUGAUGCCUUUACACAUGCACCAGAAUCAUUUAAAGAAUUUUUUAAUCAACGUCGUCGUUGGAUGCCUUCAACAAUGGCAAAUAUUAUUGAUUUACUUAAAGAUACAAAACAUACGACAUAUGUUAAUGAAAAUGUUUCAAAAUUAUAUAUGUUCUAUCAAGCUGUUCUGUUUGUCUCAACUAUUUUAGGACCAGGAACUAUUUUAUUAACUAUUGCUUCAGCAUUACGUACUGUUUUUUCAACAUUAACUAUUGCUGAAUCAUAUACAAUAUCAAUUUUACCAGCACUUUUCUAUAUACUUGUAUGUCUAAAAACAAAAUCAAAUACACAAAUUGCUAUUGGUGCUAUUAUGACAGCUAUCUAUGCAUUGGUUAUGUCUAUGGUACUUGUAGCAACAGCUGCUCAAAUUCUUAAAUCAGGUUUCUUAGAUCCAAGUGCAGUUUUUUUACCGAGUGUUGCUAUAACAUUUAUUGUUACUGGUUUACUUCAUCCAAAUGAAAUGUUUAAUUUAAUUCAUGGUUUUCUUUAUCUUAUAACAAUACCUGGUGGUUAUCUUCUACUUGUUACUUAUGCUUUAUGUAAUUUACAUGUUGUUUCAUGGGGUACAAGAGAAACUGUAGAAGUUGUACAAACGAAAAAAACAAAUAGACCAGGCGAAAAAGUAAUUGUUACAGCAGAUCCGAAAAAACGUCGAACAACAGAUGUUCUUAAUGAUAUGCUUUGGGGUAAUAGUAGUGAUGGACAACGUGGAUUUAUUCAUCAAAUAGGUGAUGUUAUUGAAAAUAUUUUUCGACCAACAGUUAAACGACAAGAAAUUUUAUUACAACAAAUUAUUACCAAACUUGAUCGAGAAAAUUCCAAUCACGAAGCAAAAAAAAUAAACGAUAUUAGUAUACAUAAAACACUUAAUACAGAUUUACUUAUUGUACCAAGUGAAAAUGAUUUACCUGGUAAUUAUUCAUCAAAUACAACAUUAACAACAUCAAUAUGUAAUAAAUCUCGAAAUAAUAUGAUCAAUCCUUAUUGGUCAGAAUUAUCGUGGCUUGGGUCCGAAUCAGUUAUUGGUUAUCUUCGUACAGAUGAAAUAACAUUUUGGCAACAACUCUUAUCAAAAUAUUUAACACCACUUGAUAAGGAUGCUGAAGAAGAACGACGUAUACAAAGUGAUUUAAUGAAUUUAAGAAAUAAUGCAGGUUUUGCAUUUUUUAUGCUUAAUGCUAUUUGGAUUAUUUUACAAUUUCAAUUUGAAUAUAUUGCAACAAAAUUUACUGAAUUAAUGAUUGAUAUUGGUCAAUUAUUUGGACAACCUGGUACAAAAGUACAAUUACUAGGUUUAUUAUUUAUGAUAUUUUUUGCAUCAUGUAUGAUUAUACAAUUUAUUACAAUGCUUUUACAUCGUUGGGGUACAUUUAUUGAAAUAUUAGCUAGUACAAAAUUAUUUGAAAAACAUCGAAAAUAUAAAUUAAAACCUGGCUCCGAUAUAGCUGGUAUGACAAGUCAAGAAGUAGCUGAAGUUUUACGUGAAUUAGAUAUUCAAUUAGUUGUACCAUCGGUUACAAAAGUACCAAAACAAAGUGUAACAUUUCAAAUGGAACCUGUUAUUAAUGAACAACAUGAUAUUCAAAGUCCAGAUUAUGAUGAAGAUGAUGAUGACGAAACAGAUGAUUUCGAAGAUGUGUAUACUGAACCGCCUGUUGAUUAUUUUGAUCAUCCUGUUGUACAAGAAGCUGCUGAUGAAAGUCGUCUUCGUAUAACGUAA